CAGAAUCUGAUUGUGAAGGCUUGCGUGUUAUGACGACCCCCAACAAAGGAAACAAAGCCUUGAAGGUGAAGCGGGAGCCAGGGGAGAAUGGGACCAGCUUGACAGAUGAAGAGCUGGUGACCAUGUCUGUACGGGAGUUGAACCAGCAUCUGCGAGGCUUAUCUAAGGAAGAGAUAAUCCAACUCAAGCAACGCCGGCGGACCCUGAAGAACAGAGGCUAUGCUGCCAGCUGCCGGGUCAAGAGAGUAACACAGAAGGAAGAGUUGGAGAAACAGAAGGCAGAACUUCAGCAGGAAGUGGAGAAGCUGGCUUCAGAGAAUGCCAGCAUGAAAAUGGAACUUGAUGCCCUGCGUUCCAAGUACGAGGCACUGCAGAACUUCGCCCGGACCGUUGCCCGGAGCCCUGUCACCCCUGCCCGGGGCCCACUUGCUUCCAGCAUGGGGCCCCUUGUUCCUGGCAAAGUUGCCACCACCAGCGUUAUCACAAUAGUUAAAUCCAAAACGGACGCCCGGUCUUAG